AUGCACCUCAGCGAGUCGGACAUCCACACUUUCCAGAAUGCUUUCCUGCAGCCCAAGGAUUGGGGUGCGGGCGAGCGACCGUACUCCCAUGCCGCGCAGCUGUCCAAGCAAUCUGCGAGGCUGCAUGCAGACUUCGAGCGGCUGCAGAUCCUGGCCGCCAGAGUUUUCGUGGCUUUGCAGGGUCUCAACGGCUGUGCGGGUUCUCCGAGCUUGCGGCAGGCAUCACACCGCUGCCGUGGGUCUGCCCGGCGUCUGGAGAUGGCAGUCGCGGCGGUGCGCAAGUCGGUGCAGCCGGAAGAUUCAGGUGACCUUGAAGAGGUCUGGACGGGCCUUGGGAGCUUCCUGACAAUUCGCCGAUGGCAGCACUGGGCUGCCGCUGCUGCGGCGGCAAACGUCACCCGUGGCGCUCGCAGCAUCACCUUGGUAUUCGCUGCGGCCUUGGAGAUUUGUCACGGCCUGGCCCGUCGCCUGGAGCUUUUCAGGUGGCACUUGUCUUACUUCUUGGUGGCCCAGCUGUUGCCAGACAUGCCUGUGGAGGUGCAAUUCCACGACUAUUGCUGUAGUAGUGGCGAAGUGAUUGCGAGCAUUGUGCAGCAAAGCGGUUUUACCAGCGACAACAUCACAUUGGCAGAGGUUGGGGUUGAGACCGGCGAGACCUCGGCUGAAUUGCUAGCGCUUCUGCCGGAGCGAGUGCGGCUGGUCGGAGUAGAUCCCUUCAAUUACCAGGUCGCCGCUUCGCAGCUGACGGGCCUUGAGAAGGAGCAGAGAGAGUUGCUAUCCUUGCGCUACAAGCAGUGGUGGUUGCGAGGUAUCGAGGCUGCAGCUGAGGCAGUUUACGGCGCCGCCCCUGAACGGGCUGAGCUGCGAAAGACAACUUCUGCCGAGGCGGGCGAGCGCUUCAUCGAGGGUGCAGACCUGGUCUUUCUGGAUGCCGACCACUCUUCGGUCGCAGUGGCUCGAGACAUCGAAGUCUGGUUGAGGGUGUUGGCAGCUAGACCUGGUGUGGGCCGACGUGUACUGGCAGGGCACGACUUCACUCUCAUGUUUCCGGGUGUGCUGAAAAACGUGCUGAACCUGGCUGCCGAGCUUCGCGCGGGCCAUGGUCACCUCCACGGCUCAGGAGUAUUGAAUCUAGCCACGAACAGCGUGGCUUACUUCGAAUGGACCUCGAUAGCCUACAUGCGGGCACUCCUGCCAGAGGGAGGCCUUCGUCUGGAAGAGGACAUGCACGUGCAGGUCUACAAUGUCUUGACGCAGGUGACACCUUACGCCUUCAACGCAGCUUCCAAGAUCUGGGAAGCUUUUAGCCGAGAGCCCUCUUUGCUUCCCCCGGUGGAUUCCAAAGGAAGAAUCUACCAAGAACGCUAUGAGAUGCUGUACCAUCGGCUCUUUCUCAACUUGAACGAGAAUCUUCAGCCUUCGUUGGUGCCGGAAGCAAAGGCCGUGCAAGGGAUCUUUCCCGGCCAGCGGGUGCUCACAACAGUGGCGUCGCUAGUUGGAAACCCUGGGCGGAAGCUCGCCUUUGGGCUGCUGCGCAGACUUGACGAUGAGUUGCAGGGCAGAUGGGUCAUUGAAGAUCUGCACAAGGUCAUGCCAGUGGAGCUGGUUGUGCAAACGUCUGGCCAUUUUGUGACCGACGCUUCCUUUAUUCUUGCCGAGGGCGAGGUGAUAAAUGGCAUCUUUCGCAUCGACGGCUUGCUCCAAGUCGAAGCAAUAACCCGGAAGGCAAGCCUCAGCGAGGAGGUGCCACGACAGAUCUUUGGUGGCAACCUCACCGAAGACCAGUUGAAGAAGCUAGAGAAGCACUACGAGCCUGCCUACCCUGACGGCAUGUUCGUGGUGCUGUCAGAGGUUCAUUUGGAUAGUGCGCAGGUUUUGGAUGACCUGGAAGUCGUUUUUCAAGGCUAUGAGGAAGCUGGUCCGCCAAGUGCCUACAUCUUCAUGGGCAACUUCAGCUCUCGAGCCUUCGUUCCAACAGCUGAGGGCGUCCGAAGCUAUCGUGAAGGCUUCGAGCGGCUGAAAUUCAUGAUGCGUCGGCUUGAAGCCCACGUGACGCACGGCACCAGCUUCGUUUUCGUUCCUGGGCCGAAGGAUCCAGGCGCACAAACCUUGCCAAGGGCGCCUCUCCCCCACUACUUGAUGUCAGACUUGGCCAAGGAGAUUCCCGGUGUUGUGCAGGCACCGAUCUUGCUGCCAGUGGAGUGGGGCAUUUGGGUCAGCCGAUACUGCAUCAUCGAGCCAGCCAGUUCCAGCUUGCAUGCUGACCUUAUGAUCCACUUCUACAAGAAGGAGCCAGGUCCCAGUCAGACGCCCGUGGCCAUGCAGCUAUUCACAUCAGUGGAGAUCGAGCCGAAUCUUGGCAUGAGUCCGUGUUUGGUGGCACUGCGUCUGGGCAGAAAGGAAGUGGCCUGGCUGCGGCUUCCGACGCAGUACGCUCUCGAUGCGCUCAAGACACUGUUGCGGGAAGCGCGGGCAUUUCGUUGUGCCAUGCCAAAGGGCCGGCUUGAGGCGUGCCGGGAGCAGCUCCUGAGCGAGAAGGAGACCGAGCUGACUCAGCGUGAGGCUCGUUUAUGCGAACGUGAACGUGCCUUCGCCAAGAAGGAGCAAGUGCGCACACCCUCAGCUGCGGCUUCCAGUGAAGACGAGGAGGAAGUUCCCUUUGGGUCCUCCGUGGUCAUGGACUGGCCGUUGUCCCGAUCAGAGAAGCAGCUCCGCUUAGUCACUGUUCUGGAGCGGGAGCGCAUAGCAGCGGUAGCUUGCGAGCGCAACCGGGCGAAGAGGCAGCUGAAGGGGAGACCGCGAAAGAUCACUGGGAAGAAUCACGAAUGGGUGCGAAGUGAGAGUUGCUCCCCGAGAAGCCAGCUGAUAGCCGAUAGCUGCCAGAAUUUUCUUGUCGGCAAGAUGCGAGUGCCUUCUUUGACUCGGGCGGAGUCGAAGUUCAGCAUUAGACAGCGCUCCCUGACUCUUGACAUCUCUUGGCAGUGCUCCGAGGUCAGGCACUACAGCCGUGAGAUGGUUUUCUUCCGCCACGAUGUCCUACGCCUGCUUCGUCGACACGAGGCCGUUCCUCUGCCUUCAUCGGAGUCGCAGGUGCAAGGUUUCGACGAUCUGCGCUACACACAGGCUGCACGAUUUAUCUUGGAUCAGGCGCACCUUGUCCCCCUGCCACUGGAAGAAAGCAACAUCCUGUGGGAGUACGACCACACGCUUCGGCUCUAUCCGCUGCCUCAUGCGGUGUUCAUUGGAGGUUCGACACCUCCUUUCGAGUGCAGCUACAAGGAAUGCAAGUUUACAAGUGUGGGUCUGUUCAGCACGGCGACCUUCUACGCCUACCACCCGGUCAAGGACGAUCUGCAGAUAUGCGAUGUGCCAGACCGGGCAGGUUGA